CCGCCCCGGGCGCUCGGCAGCGCGUGAGCCGCGGGGGCGCAGGGCGGCACGGGCGGAGGCGGGGCGCGGGCGUGGAGCGCGGCUGGGGAAGCGGCUGCCUCCGGCCCUGCCCGGCCGCCUCCGCCGCGGCCGGUGGCUAUGGAGCUGGCGGCCCCCCGACCCGGGGCGACCGAGCGCCCGCGACUCCCGCCGCUCCUGCCGCUGCUGCCGCUGCUGCUGCUGCCGCUGCCGGGCCCCGCGGCCUCCCAGCUCCACUACUCCGUGCCGGAGGAGCAGGCACCCGGCGCGGUCGUGGGCAACGUGGCGCAAGCGCUGGGGCUGGAGCUGCGGCGCCUGGGGCCCGGCUGCCUGCGCCUGAGCCAUCAGGGCGCGCCCAGCCCGCGCUACCUGGAGCUGGACCUGACGAGCGGCGAGCUCUUCGUCAACGAGCGCAUCGACCGCGAGGCGCUGUGCGAGCAGCGGCCUCGCUGCCUGCUCAGCCUGGAAGUGCUGGCGCACAGCCCCGUGGCGGUGGGCACCGUGGAGGUGGAGGUGCGAGACAUCAACGACAACUCGCCGCGCUUCCCGCGACCCGACUACCAGCUGCAGGUCAGUGAGUCGGUGGCGCCCGGGGCGCGCUUCCACAUCGAGAGCGCGCAGGACCCCGACGUGGGCGCCAACUCGGUGCAGACCUACGAACUCAGCCCCAGCGAGCACUUCGAGCUGGACCUGAAGCCGCUGCAGGAGAACAGUAAGGUGCUGGAGCUGGUGCUGCGGAAGGGCCUGGACCGCGAGCAGGCCGCCUGGCACCACCUGGUCCUCACCGCGGUGGACGGGGGCAGCCCGGCGCGCUCCGGCACGGCGCAGAUCACCGUGCGCGUCCUGGACACGAACGACAACUCGCCCGCUUUCCACCAGUCCACUUACCGCGUCCAGCUGCGGGAGGAUGCGCCCCCGGGCACGCUCGUGGUGAGGCUGAACGCCUCCGACCCGGACGAGGGCUCCAACGGCGAGCUCAGGUACUCGCUGAGCAGCUACACGUCGGAACGGGAGAGGCAGCUCUUCAGCAUCGACGCCAGCACCGGCGAAGUGCGGGUGAGUGGGGCGCUGGAUUACGAGGAGGCCUCUGCCUACCAGAUCUACGUGCAGGCGACCGACCGGGGCCCAGUGCCCAUGGUGGGUCACUGCAAGGUGCUGGUGGACAUUGUGGACGUGAAUGAUAAUGCGCCAGAAAUAGUGCUCAGGGAUCUGAUUAGUCCCGUCCCGGAGGACGCGGCCCCCAACACCAUCGUGGCGCUUCUUGGUGUCAGUGACCAAGACUCAGGCCCCAACAAGAAGGUGAGCCUGGGCCUGGAGGCAGCGCUGCCUUUCCGGCUGAAUGGCAUCGGAAACUCCUACACACUGCUGGUGAGCGGCCCUCUGGACAGGGAGCGGGUGGCCGCCUACAACAUCACCGUGACUGCCACCGAUGGGGGCACUCCACAGCUCACAUCUCAGCGAACGCUGCAGGUCAAGAUCUCUGACGUCAACGACAAUCCACCCAGCUUUUUGGAGGACUCCUACUCGGUCUACGUCCAGGAGAACAAUUUACCUGGCGCCUUGCUCUGCACCGUGCAAGCCACAGACCCAGAUGAGAAGGAGAACGCGGAGGUGACCUACUCCCUCCUGGAGAGGGAGCUUCAAGGGCUGCCCGUCACCUCCUAUGUCUCCAUUGACAGUGCCAGUGGCAGCCUGUAUGCUGUCAACUCCUUUGACUACGAGAAGUUUCGGGAAUUCUAUGUGAUCGUGGAGGCUCAGGACAAGGGGCACCCGCCAUUGAGCAGCACUGUGACCACCAACGUGUAUGUGGUGGACGUGAAUGACCAUGCUCCUCACAUCCUGUACCCUACCUCAACCAACUCCUCCGCAGCCAUUGAGAUGGUGCCUCGAACUGCCCCUGCUGGCUACCUGGUCACCAAAGUCAUCGCCAUGGACUCAGACUCGGGGCAGAACGCAUGGCUCUUCUACCACCUGGCCCAGUCCUCGGACCUGGAUCUCUUUAAAGUCGAAUUGCACACAGGAGAGAUUAGGACUACCCGGAAGCUGGGGGACGAGAGUGGGAGCACUUUCAACCUGACGGUGGUGGUCCGAGACAAUGGGGAGCCCUCGCUCUCAGCUUCUGUGGCCAUCACAGUGGCCGUGGUGGACAGGGUGUCUCGAAUCCUCCCGGACACUCAGAGGCACGUGAAGAGCUCUCGGACGUACUCUGAAAUCACACUCUAUCUCAUCAUUGCGUUAAGCACAGUGUCUUUUAUAUUCAUUUUGACAAUCAUUGUUCUGAGCAUCAUCAAGUGCUACCACUACACCGCCUACGGCACGGUGUGCUGUGCAGGCUUCUGUGGCGUGAGGGAGCGGUGCCCCGCCGAGCUGUACAAACAGGCCAAUAACAACAUUGACUCCAGGAUACCACACGGCCUCAAAGUGCAGCCUCACUUCAUUGAGGUGCGGGGAAACGGCUCGCUCACCAAGACCUACUGCUACAAGGCCUGCCUGACAGCCGGCUCAGGGAGCGACACGUUCAUGUUUUACAACACAGGGGCGCAGACAGGCCCGGGGCCCGGGGGAGCCCAAGCAGCAGCUGGCGACAGCAGGCACCACACCAACCAAAGUAGGCACAGUGUCGGGAGCCUGAUUAUUCUCAGAAAUGAGGCUGGCCCUCCGAAUGAGUUACCGCGGAAGGCACUAAGAUCCUGGGGUGCUGCUGAUGCCAGGUGCCUCCAUUUAAGUGAGCCGCGGCAGCCCAACCCUGACUGGCGUUACUCUGCGUCCCUGAGAGCCGGCAUGCACAGCUCUGUGCACCUGGAGGAGGCUGGCAUUCUACGGGCUGGGCCGGGUGGCCCCGACCAGCAGUGGCCAACGGUCUCUAGUGCGACACCAGAACCAGAGGCCGGAGAGGUGUCCCCUCCAGUGGGUGCUGGUGUCAACAGCAACAGCUGGACCUUUAAAUAUGGACCAGGCAACCCCAAACAAUCUGGUCCCGGUGAGUUGCCAGACAAAUUCAUUAUCCCAGGAUCUCCUGCAAUCAUCUCCAUCCGGCAGGAGCCAACUAACAGCCAAAUUGACAAAAGUGACUUCAUAACCUUCGGCAAAAAGGAGGAGACCAAGAAAAAGAAGAAAAAGAAGAAGGGUAACAAGACCCAGGAGAAAAAAGAGAAAGGGAACAGCACGACUGACAACAGUGACCAGUGAGGUCGCCUAAUGGAAAUAAGCCACUUAGCCCGUUUUUGUAAUCCUGGCAAUCCUCCCUUGUAGCAACGCCCUUCUUUCUCCUUUCUCCUGUCCACCCAAGCCCUCCUCUAGACUUCAGAAAUCUGCAGGAAGUUCCCUGUGUCUUUCUAGAUCGCAUGUAUCAGGUUUUGUCUUUAAAAGCUUUACUAAGUCUGGUGUUAACUCUUUCUCUCCACUCUGGCUUGUUUGCAGAACCUAAAAAGCAGACCCAAGUUUCCUUUCUCCUCCGCCGCAAAGGAGAGGCUUCCCAGCCCCGCCAGUGAGAGGUUGGACUCUCUGCCCUGUGCUCCGGGGAUCCUGUCUUGAUGACACUUGCAGGGCAGGCUGAAAGGCUUUGAGAUUGAGCAGCUUGGGUGUCUGUGAGUGCCUGAGAUUGGCUGGGAUGGACUAGAUUAGACCAGUUGGUGCAAAGCGGCCUGGGAAACAGAGGCAAGUAAACAGUGGGAGUUGCCAGUCUGGAGGGGAAAUGUGGAAUGGAAAGGGAACAGACUUUCUAAACUUACAACUCAAGAGGCACUGGCCACCCUCUAGCAGACAAAACUACCCCUGCUGACAAGGCUUUAGGAACACCAUAAAGUAUGUUAGCUGUGGUGUCACUGUACCGAGAACCUGCACUAUUCCUACAAGCCAGAGUGCAGUGUUGAUGGGGCCCACAGGGCAACAGAAGCAGAUCUGAUGUGUUUCCUCUACUCAUGCUUGUGCUCACUUAGCGAGACAUUCUUUUGCACACAAUGUUUAUGAAAAGGACGAUCCUUUUCCAACAACACAUAUGCAAAAGCAAAUGGAAAAAAAGUAAAAAACCCCAACACCUCAGUUUAUGCAGUUUAUUGUUUGAUAAGAUUAUUUAAAGAGAAAAUCUAUUACUAUAUAUAAAUCUUUAAAGAAAAAUAUGAUGAAUACAAUCCCCUAAACUCUCCUCAAAAGAGAAUCCAGUCUACAGCCAUUGAAAUGAUCAUUGCUGCUACAGAAGUGCUUUAAGAGAAUUGCCUGAAACAUCUGUAUUAUACCGGCCACCUGCCAAUCACAGCUUUACUCUUUCAGGUCACUCUGGGGCUGCCCCUUGCAUGUAUUAAUAAAAGGAUCUUUUUCUCUCUUUUCUAAGAAACAAUUAUGUGCACUUUGAAUACACAACUUCUCUAGACAACUCUAUCAAGAUCCAGAAAUUGAAGAGAAAUCUUGUUUCCUCAUACAUACAGUGAGCAGACUUUUCAGUCCUCUAAUCCUGUGAUCUGUCUUGGUGUGCUAGCCUACACCUUCUCCUUGGUUUAGUUUUCUAGAACACUCUGAAUUGCUAUCCUUGCUAACACCUAUGAUGUUACCUGAAAUCAAUCUCCCAUAUGUAUGCUGUAUGCUAUUAUAAGACUCCUGAAAUAUACUUACUCUGUGCUUGUGUAUGUGAAUGUUAAUGCAACUAUUACCUAGAGUGAACUUUAAGCUUUAUUGUUGAAUGUAACUCCAUUAUAUUUCCUUUUGUACACCUGUGAAAAGUGGAAUAGUGUUUUUUUAAUCAUUGUUAAUCAGCUUUUGUGUAUGAAAGACACAGUAAAAUUUCUUUCUUAAAUCAAGAUACUGGUGAUUCAAGGAAUUUUAUUUAUGGUCAGCCAAGAACCGUCUCUUGCCAAGAUUCCUGCUGGCAAGGGAAUGGAUAAAGCUGUUUUUUUCUAGUAACAAUUCUGGAAUGAAUAUGGAUGAUAUUCCCUGAGGGUGUGCAAGCACAAAAAUCGACCAAUCUGACCUCUCUGCAGUGGCAGAAUGCUUUGAAAUUCUGAUGCUAUUUGGAAUAUCACCUCAUAAAAAAUAAUCAAAUUUACUGUCACCUUAAAUUAAAAAAAUUUUAAUUUUACUAAAAUGUACAAUUUAGAAGUUUGAUUAGUUAUAUAUUAUCUUUUGAAACAAUAUAAAAGGGAGUCUUUUAUUAAGACAAAAGCAUUGAAUCUAAAAAAAAAAACCUAACCCAAACCUGUUUGUCUAUUCUUAGCUUCAUUCUCCCAUAUUUGGAAGGGUGUGUAACUUCAGCUCUGCAGGAUUGCAUGGGGUAAAACUUGUUGCCAACACAUGUAAACCAUUGCUACAUUGUAGGUUGUGAUCAUUUUGCCCCACUGAAACCCAUGUAUCUGACCUUACGUGCCUUUUGAAUACUAGGAGAAUCGGGCUAAUUUAUUAAUGAUGAUAAUUAUGUAUCUGUAUAGCACUUUAUAUAUUUGCAAAGUGCUUUCCAAUCCAUGUUAGUUACUAGUUAUUACAGCUGUAAGGAAAAACACGUCGUGUGGAUUCAUUUUUAAUUGGUGCUAUUGGUAUUUCCUCUGUUAUUGCUAAUAAAUGGAAAAUGGUGGUAUGAAA